AUGGCAAGUCUCACUGACGAUGCUGGCGAAACGUCUAUGAAUGUACCAAGUGCACAGUCUGAUUCUGGAAAUGAUCCUGCCUACUAUGGACUUUGGACAAGAUGUGUUCCUCCAGGUCUUCCUGUCAAUAUGACCAAGCUGCGAAAACAA